AUGGACAAGUAUGACCCUUCAGUGCGUCCAGUGGAAAACUCGUCUCAACCUCUCUUGGUCACCUUUGGGGUCUCUUUGCACCAUAUCAUUGAUGUUGAGGAAAAGGAUCAACUUUUGACGACCAAUUGUUGGAUCACCCAAAUAUGGACAGAUCAUCAUCUCAGAUGGAAUAUUAGUGACUUUGAUGGCAUUAGUGUUAUAAGAAUACCGUACGAAAGAGUUUGGAAACCAGAUAUCAUAUUAUAUAAUAAUGCGGAUCCAAACUACAGAUCCGCUGUCAUUAAUACCAACGUGAUAGUGAAGUACACAGGAGAGGUAACAUGGCUCAGUCAUGGGAUCUACGUAUCUGUAUGCGACAUCAAUGUCGAACAGUUUCCAUUCGAUAUACAGUUGUGUACCAUGAAGUGGGCUUCGUGGACUUAUGAUGGUUUUCAGCUGGAUAUCCAGAAACAAUUUGAUGCAGGCGAUACUACGAAUUAUCAGACCAACGGUGAGUUUGAUCUCGUUAGCUUCGACGCCAUUAAACACAACCAAUAUUACUCUUGCUGUGUGGAGCCAUAUCCUGACAUCACUUACGUCAUCAAGCUACGCAGAAGACCGAUGUUCUACGUAUUCAAUCUCAUACUACCCUGCCUUCUCAUAAAUGGUAUAGCUCUGCUAGUGUUCUACGUGCCUUCGGAGUCCGGAGAAAAAGUGACACUGGGUAUAAGCGCUUUACUCUCGAUGACAGUCUUUCUUAUGACAAUAAGAGAUACUUUACCUCCAACGGAGAAAACGCCUCUAAUAAGUCUGUACUAUGGAGUAAGCACAUGUUUGGUUUCCUUUUCAGCUUCCCUCUCAGUUGUUACUCUUAACAUAUCAUACAGAGGAGUGAGAGGGCAACCGGUGCCGGCCGUGAUACGAGAGCUGGUGCUACAACGACUCGCGCGCAUGCUGUGUAUCAACUUCGACACAGACUCUCCAAAGUUGGAUAGCAUGGUAACAACGGGUGGUGGGGUGCAAGUGAACCCGAGAACGGGAUCCAGGCUGAAGGCAGAAGUGAAUUGCGAGGGUUCUGCUCCCACAUCGUCUCCACGCUUUUCGCGGCACAAUCACAACCAUCUCACUCCAGGGCGAAUAACGGGGGACGUAGUUUCCAUGGGUUGUAUCGGCGCCUGUCCACGUUGCGUGUGCUGUGGCUGUACUAUACGGGAAGCAACCACAAGGCACGAACAGCGCGUAGCAGCCAAUGAGAGAAUGGAACGAGCAAACCUUGAGUGGAAGCAGGUGGCCGUCGUAGCAGACCGAGCGUUGCUUGCAGUUUUCGUUUUGGUAACCACUCUGGCUACGGGUGCAAUACUAUUGCCGCAACUCAAGAAUUUACACGUCGGAAAUACACCCUUAAAACACCCAGCUUAG